AUGAACAUCCCCUUUGGGAUAGUCCUUCACGGAGGUGCAUCAGAAUCAUGGAUAGGGGAUGACGUCUCAUAUGCCACCACCAAAGCCUUCUUGAAGAACUUGGUAGAGAAAGCCGAGGAGCGGCUACGUGCGGGCUCCAGAGCCAUAGACGUAACGACUGAGAUUGUGGCAGAUUUAGAGGACUUCGCCGAGUUCAAUGCUGGCAAGGGAGCUGCCGUCAACCGAGACGGCGUUCACGAGGUGCGAAUCAGACUCUCCCACAACACGGCUAAUAUCAAACUAAUUAUCAAUAAUCUCAAGCUCGAGGCUGGAAUUAUCAACGGCAAGACAGCGACAUACCGAGCUGCUGCAUGUCUCCAAAAGACCAAGAAUCCUAUCAAGCUCGGGAGGGCCAUGCUUGACUCUGUGGAUACCACUAUGCUCGUCUUCAUUGUAGGAGAGGGGGCUGACCAGCUCGCCAGCCGUCUUGGAUUGGAUAUGGUGGACAAGAGUUUCUUCACAACAGAGAAGAGCAUGAAUUACUGGCGAAAGAACAAGAAGGAAGUCCUCGAACACGGCACCGUUGGUGCAGUUGUUCUAGAUUCACAUGGUCACUUGGCUGCGGCUAAUUCGACCGGAGCUAUUCUGGGUGCUGGACUGAAUGCCGAUCAACAGAUCGCCGUGGCAUGCAGUGGUGGUGGCGAAGCCAUUCUGACGUCUAUGCUGGCUAGUCGCGUUGCGAACCUGUACCACAGCGGGCUCAAACUUGAGACCGCUGUGGACAAGGCCAUGUGGGAUGCCAGCCGACUUUGCCCAUCCCUCUCUUGUGGUGUAAUCGCCACCACGACGGACGGCAUGCAGACGGCACAAUGCAAUAGCCUACUCUUCACUAUCGGGUCGUCGAGGUCUACCUCUGGCUUCCAAUAUGGGUUGAUAGGCUGCACAAUGCCUGUUACCGCACCUCUAUGCUGUUAUGAAGACGCCCUGGUCCGAAUCGGGGUAUCAAAGCACCCAACGCGGCAAUUUCAGCUCACUUUCUGCCUCAAAGAAGCCAGUCUUAUUACGAUGGAUCGAAAACAGGUGGAGGAUUUACUUGAGUCGCUUAGGCGCGCCCCCAAAGCCUUGUUGAGUCUCGGCGGGGCCGACAAGGUGGCUAUGAUGACUUUCGCGGGUGGUAAGGGCGGCCACUUAUUUGCCACUCGUGGCACGGGCAACAUGUCUCCGACAUUCAAUGACUUGAAGCAAUCAGGGAAUCCGGCUUUCAGAGCUCAUAUCGAAAUUGAGAAAACGGCCAAGGCGUUGUUGCAAGUGGGAGAUUUCUACAAGCUGCCCGUGCCCCGGAGCUACUCCGAAUUUCUCUUGGCCUCGGCCGUUGAAUUCCGGGCUAUCGUCGCCGGUAGAAAAAUGACUACCUCAUUGAAAAGUAUCAAGAGGAGCGCUGGAAGAUCCAAGAAUCUUGGAUUUUACCUAAGUAUUGCCGCCAUCCUCGUUUCCAACUUCGUCACAGCAGUCGACUCUGGACUGUCAUCAUCGUCACAUCUAGCCAUCGCCUCUCAUUUCGAUAAGACCAAGGUCUCAACGUGGCCAGUAAACGCCUUCCUCGUUUGUUCCAUUACUGUACAGCCUCUUUACGUCACACUUUUCAAUUGCAUAGGUCGUCGUAUUAUCUAUACCUCAACCGCCUUCUUAUUUCUUGUCGGCUCGUGUCUGGCAGCAUUUACAACAUCUUGGACAGGACUGAUAUUAGCGAGAGGCGUUUGCGGCCUCGCUGUUGCCGGACUGACGACUGUGGCAAAUCCAUGGCCAGCUAACAAUCCGAAAGGAUCUAUUGUAUUGACAGACAUUGUCGGUCUUAAAAAUAGAGGCCAUUACCAAUCGCUCAACUACAUCAACUAUGGAGCUGGGUCCGCGCUCGGUUCAAUCUCUGGUGGUGCCAUUGUCGAGUACUUUGGAUGGAGCUAUGUGUACAGACUUCAACUUCCAUUCUGUCUGCUUUCUGCAGUCAUGGUGUACUUAUGGAUCCCCUCAAACAUUGAGAAUUCCUACAGAGAGCCUUUAAGCCAGGGAAAGAUAUGCCUUACGAACCUGCUUCAGACGUAUGACUGGAGAGGCUCGCUGUUGCUUAUGAUCUCUCUGCUUUGCCUGGUUUUCGUUCUUAGAACGGGAGGUAACGUGUUACCUUGGACAAGUCCAUUGAUCCUCACGGCUUCGGCACUAUUUGGCGCAGUGUCCUUUGUCUUGCUACGCGUAGAGGCAAAAGCGCCGUACCCGGUUCUCCCUCCUUUGAUGAUUCAGUUCCCUUACAGGAAUAUCAUGGUUAGCGCCUUGAUGUUUUCCAUGAUUAACUACUGUUCAGCGGGCGAAGCAAGCGCCCAUGUUGUCAUACCAUCGAUUGCAUUCACGGCAAUGAGUGCAGUCGCAGGGACGACGAUCGCAAGACUACGGACGUCCAGGCCUACGUUGCGCGUGAGCCAAGUCCUCUUACUCGUGGGUGCCUUGGGGCUUGUAGCUAUGGCUACUGCCCUACCGGCAAACAAAGCCUCAAAUUCUUUGUAUAGCCUUUGCCUCAUAAUGCCUUCUCUUGGGGUCGGAAUGAUGGCCCCCAGUGCGCUUUUGACGCUGCUAAGUCUUGGUGAGCAACGUGAUCACGCCGCUAUGAAUGGAGGUUUUAUUAUGGUGAGAUCCCUAGGCGUCUUCAUUGCCACUUCCCUGAGUACGACAGUCAUACAGAAUGUGUCUCAGGGUGUGUUGAAAACGAUGAGCCUGGACGAGCAGACAGCUAAGUCCAAAGUCAUGCAAGCCUAUCAGUUGGGAUUCGUUGUCCUCUUCAGUGUCCUUCUUGUUUCUUCCAUGGGCAUCGUCUUGGCAUUUUCUUGGGUUCCGGAGGGACGUUUGGACAGACCUUCAAAUCGUACUGAAGAUUCUGUUGCGGUGGUUGAAAUGGUCGAUCUCCUCGAUGAUGAAGAGACCGAUGACGGUCUAUGA